AUGGAGUCUCACAGGAGCCAUAAUUCCGUCUUGUCGAUAGUUGUUCUGACUUGGAGCAUCAUCUGCGUACAUUUUUUAACCACAUCUGCUGAGUGGCUUGGAGACCUGUCAGACUAUGAGUUGGCCAGCUUUGACAAUCCAGAUAUUUUGGAUGAACCCCAAAGACGUGCAUCAAAGUUCAAUCAUUUUACCUUGAGUGACCAUGGCGAUGUGUAUGUUGGAGCUGUCAAUUGGUUGUACAGGUUGGACAGUAGUUUGAAAGAGAUGCAUAAUACAACCUGUGAUGCCAGCAGGCCAGAUGUGAUGCCCUGUCACCUUACAAAUAACUACAACAAGAUACUGGUAGUUGAUAGUACCCGGCCAAACAGUUUGAUAACCUGUGGUGGUGUGUAUGAUGGUAUUUGUCAGUUACGGCAGUUACAGGAUAUCAAGAACGUGAUAAUGGAGUCGGUUUCUUACGUUGCAGGGCUUGAGGAUGCAUCAACCGUUAGUCUGAUUGCUCAAGGAAGAAAUGGAAAAAGUAUGCUUUUUGUGUCUGUUACUUAUACCAGGCGCAAUGUACAUGGUUUCAGAGGUAUAACGAGAAGAAGCCUUGAAAACGAUCACAAUUUUUUACCGGCAUAUUCGCAAGAGGAUGAAGUCCAAUUCAAUUUGAACGCCAAAAGUGCAUUUUUUUCCAUAAGGUAUGAGGAAGUAUUUGACUACGGUGGAUUCACAUACUUUGUUGCCUCUCAGAAGGAGGAUUUGAUGAAUUCUGCCCUAUUUGUUUCUAAGAUAAGCAGAGUCUGUCAAGGCGGUCCAAACCUGGACGCUUACACAGAAAUUACCCUACAAUGCAGUGGAUCAGAUGGCAGUGUGUACAGCUUGGUGCAAGCAGCUCACUUUGGACCAGCAGGACCUGAUCUAGCGGCAUCAUUGGGUCUCCAUGCAGACGAGCAGGUGCUGUAUGCUGUGUUUGCCAAGAACCAAGGAGCUACGGGUACCAGUGAUGUAACCAUCGAUCACUCAGCAUUGUGUGUGUACAGGAUGACGGAUAUCUUGGAUGCCUUCAGAGAAGCAGUGCGGGGAUGUAUUCAGGAUGGAAAUACGUACUCUGUUGACUAUUUGGACGGUUCUUUUUGCAGUAGUUUCGGGGUGAGUACAGAAGCGUAUUUAGAAUGA